AUGAUCACUAAACAGUCAACAGACAAACUACUACGUACAUUCAAAGCAAUAGAACAUGUCUUACAGCUACACUUUGCAACUUCUGUGACAAAUCCGUCACUCGUAAAGAUUUUACAACAAGCGACAGAGCUUUUGGGGAGAAAAGUUGAGGUGAAGGAAGUACAGCAAAUCCUUACUGUUGUUUCGGCUUAUUCAUUGCCUAUUGUAGAUGGAGAUCUCACUAUAAAACUAGAGGAGAUUGGUCAGAAUCGAAUAGCAGUUUUUGGAGAUAAGGUACAAUUAUAUGUGGAAUCGCAUCCAGAACAGCUGGGAUUCCCACAGUUGGAAUUGUCAAAAGUAACUACGCAAAGCUCGACGCCCUCGUCUUCGCCGCAAAAGGUUGUCAAACCAACUAAAUUUCAAUCAGCAAAUACUUCACCAUCCAAAUCCAGGAGUCCGACAAAAAUUGGCCGGUUUGACGACUUAAAAAAUGCAAGGUCAAAGUUUCAAUUUACCGAAAAGGAUGCCAAGGUGGAAAGUGCAAAGAGUGAUGGCCUCUCUUUACUUGAAAGAAUCCGGCUAAAAGAACAACGAAAUGCAAAUUUAAAAAAUUCAGCCAUGAGUCCCGAAAUGAAGUACCAGCAAUAUUUGUUUGGUAAAAUCCAUGUUGUUUACGACGCCGUAUAUCAUCUUUUGGGGGAACAACUGGAACUAGAACAGAAACUGCAGAGGACGUUUGCUAUGAGCCAAGUGGAGCAAAUUGUGAUGGAUACCUUGGAUCAUCCAAUGGGCAAGAAUGAAAUUUACGAUACCAUAAAGCUUCUUGCACAGAAGCUUAGUAAAUUUGUUGUCGUUGAAAAGAAUGAUGUUCGAAUAUUGAAAGUUUCCAACUUGAACAGGGAAGUUGAUCUUGCGCAGUUUAAAUGA